AUGGAGAAAUCGAAGAACUUUCGGAUCGAUGCUUUACUAGCGGAUGAAACAAAUCGUGGAAACAGGGACUUAUCACCGGGACUGAGCAGCGAUAGCCCCACGGGGAGCCCUGGGUCCUGUCGGCGUGCAGAUACUCCGUCUCCCCGUGGAACUUCAAGUGCCAUUCAACUUCAGACGGGGAUAAUACCCAAACCGGGUUUACUCAAUAUUCCACAUCCAGGGCUCACCUCACUGCCCCAGGCAUCAAUUCCUGGCAUGUACCCAGCUCCUAUGUAUCCAAUAUCGGCUUUGGGUGGCCAGCAUCCAGCUUUCGCAUAUUCUGGUUUUACCCAACUUACUCAACCGUACCCAGAGCAACUGAAAGCCGCAGCAAUGGCCGGGUCCUUGCCCCUGGAGCAUUGGAUUCGAGCAGGAAUCAUGGUGCCUCGCCUUCCAGAUUACAACUCAGCGCCUCAGUCAGGAUUAAUGGGUAAAUGUCGACGACCACGCACUGCCUUCACCAGUCAGCAGCUUCUGGAGCUGGAGAACCAGUUCAAGCUUAACAAGUACCUGUCCCGUCCAAAACGCUUCGAGGUGGCCACUUCACUCAUGCUAACAGAGACUCAGGUGAAGAUCUGGUUUCAGAACCGCCGCAUGAAGUGGAAACGCAGCCGCAAAGCAAAGGAGCAGGCAGCGCAAGUGGAGGCGGAGCGUCAGCGGGGAGGAGGCAAAGUCACGGAGGAAAAGUCAGGGGCAGACAGUCGAAGGGCCGGUGUCCCUCUCAGGGAGGACCAAGAAGAUGCGGAUGAUGUGGAUGAUGUGGACGAGGAAGAGGAGGAAGAGGAGGAAGACGAGGACGACGAAGAAGGAGGGCAACACGAGUUCAUGGGCAGUGGUGCAGGACCACAGCGCUCUGCAGACUUCUUGCAGCACGCAACGUCAUUAGGCUACCAGUCCCACAGCCCGUUCUCCGAAGAUGACCUGGAGGAGGUGGGAGGGGCUGACAGGAAAAUUGGGGCGGGGUUAUGA